AUGACAUCAUCAUCUGACAGGCCGCGAGAGCUUUUUUUUCCCGAGACUCAACACCUGGCACGCUUCGUGGACACAUUGCUCUAUACACAUAAUAGACAGCCAGACUCUGCAGUCGACGCGGAGUAGGAGCUGUGACAUUCGCUCAACUGUUAUUCCUGUUUUCUGGUUUAUAUAUAUCCUCAAUUGCUGUCAUUUGUUACCUAUAACCGCCCACCCAGGAAACGCCGGAAUCUCGAAACUCACCUUAGUUUGCCUGGCUAACAAACUAGCUGAUUCGACACCAUGUGGUAUAUUUCCUACUGGCUUUUUCCCCUGGUGGCAGCCUGCGUAUGGCUAGCGACACUGAUAGUGCUCCUGGUGCGGUGGAAGAUUGAUGGAUCCCCCGCAUAUCCGUCAAUGGAACCAGGCCAGUCUAUAGCAUAUAUAUCGGACGUAGCUGCACAAGGCCUCAAGCCGCUGUUUGUAGCGGGGUGUACCGUGUCGUCUGUAUUCUUUGUGCUGGCAUUCAUCUCGGAACGCUGGCUACGGCAUAAAUAUCGCCUUGUGCCGAACAGAGGAGUAUAUGAUAAGACUCUUUCUUUGCUAGCGAUAUUAUUCUCCAUGGUCGGGGCAGCUGGACUUAUUCUUCUGGCCCAUUUUGACACCCUAAAACAUUCCCGCCUUCACGGUGGAUUCCUGAUAAUGUUCAUGUAAGUUUGGUCCAUCCUCAUUACGCCAAUUGCUAACAUCCGCACGUUACUAACGUAUAUUGCGUUGACCAACGUUAGAGGAGGGUACCUGCUCAGUGCUCUAUUCAUAUGCCUAGAGUACCUCCGCCUUGGAGUUGAAUACAAGGAACACAAAAUCAUCUUCAUGAGCUUCCUGGUCAAGGUGUUUUUCAUUUUGGUUGAGUUAGCACUGGCAAUUGCAUAUAAAGUCCUUGGAAAGAGAAGACGAACGAGAGACACCGCUGCGAUUAUUGAAUGGGUUGUUGCUUUCAUUUUCGCGCUAUACGUGCUCUCGUUUGUUGUUGACUUGUUCCCUGCAGUGAAAAGCAAAGAUCAUAUUCCACAAGGCGAACGUUCUCGGGCCAUGGCUCAAACAUCCUCGAGCCUGGAGUCUGGGUCCUAUCCCUCGACGCAGCCCCGGCUGAGCCAAGAAGCACAACUGGCUACCGAUCAGAUGGUGGAUGUAGGAGCUACGUACCGGGGACGCGUGGGUGAUGGAACCAGAAUGCCCGCUGCCACUUAUAACCCGCAUACUUAUAGACAGACACCGCUGUCAUGAACAGGAGAUUUUGUACGUAUAUAGGAUUAUGAUACCCACUGCAUAUAAAAGGGAGGAGGCAUUAUGAUGGCAAUCCGGGGCAUUUGUGUGGUCAGAAGAUAACUGUAUAACAUUUAGCCAUGGUGUUAAGUGUUAGUAUGACAGCACUAGCAUUUAGAUAAUCUAAGUAGAUUAUAUCCAUUAGUGAUCUGAUGGCAUUUCCUUGGCCAAUUUUAACGGCUGACCUUCUUGCACAUAUCUUGGAGGAUGCACAUGGCAAAUUGUUAGGUAGGAGUGAGGAACAAUAAUACCUGCUUGCUAGGUCAGUACCCGAAUUAUAAAAUUAGUUAGUGUCGUUACAGUUUUAAACAGUUGCACAUCUAAACAUGGAUUUAUGGCAAUUGUCAGCAGUGGGAUUCGAACCCACACGCAGU